GAAGGACGUUCUCCAUACCUGCGUCAGUCGAGGUAUCAGCAGUUUCGGCGAAGAGCUUUUCGCAAGUUUUAUCACAAAAUUAACAUGGAAUCGUCCUCCCAAGCUGACUGCAAUGAAAGCGUCGAGGCAGUCGAGGAGGUUGACAACAAGAAGACGGUGCAGGCAGAAAUAAACGCGCUGCAACAAACGCCGUCCGUGUCAGCCGAAAACUACAACCCCGAACCUGCAGAACCAGCAACACCCGAAAAUAUGCAGGCCAGCGGCUAUGCGUUGGCGGGCGAACUGUUUCCUGAAGACGAGCACGAAGAACCUGCAGAUUCUCCCGCUAAUGAUGGCUUUACACAGUUCACGAGUGAACGCCUUGGUGCAAGAGUGCGUCGUCUGGCCGAGAAGAUUGCUGAAGACGCGGGCAAGGUUUCCACGAAUUCCGAAAACCUCGCUCUUCGAGUAUCAGCGCAUCGCGACGAUCUCUUGCGACGCAACGAGCAGCAAAAGCAAAAGAUCGAUACCCUCAAAAGCAUGGCUCUUGGUAAUUUGAAGAAGUACUCGAAAGAUGGCGAGUAG